AUGAGCACUCCAUCAUGGAAACCUAAAGGCAAUACGUUUUGUAAGUACUGCCAACAAUGGAUUCGUGAUACACCUUCGGAGCAAAAAAGACACGAGAGAUCCAAACACCACGUUAUAAAUGUACAAAAUUAUAUCCGAAAUCAACAACAACAAGAGAGAAAUGUUGAAAAGGAGCAACAAAGAAAUCGGAAAUUGUUAGAUAAUAUUGAAAAAAGAGUAUCUAAAAAUAUUAAUAAUGAUGAGUCUUCAAAUCCAUAUUUUCAACAAUUCCUGAAACAUCAAGAGGAAAUGCAAAAGAUUCCUUUGUUACCUCCUCCGAUUCAUUUGAUAUCAUCACAACAGCCACCACAGCAACAAUCUGAAUUGGCUAACGAAAACAUAGUAGAAACGGAAGAAAAAUUUGAACCUGAAUCAUUUGAACAUAAUGAUUUACCGCUGAGUACUCUUGUAUCGAGUAGUGACGCAACUGAGCAGAAAACAUCAUUCGUAAAAUCAAAGCAUACAAAGAAAAGUGUCAAAACCAGUUCUGCACCCGCUGAAAUUGGAGGAUACUAUGAUGAUCCGAACUAUUUUUACUACGAGCAAGAUGAUGAAGAAGAAAGCAAAGAAGAAUCCUCUAAGGCAUCAGAGGCCUCUGAAGCUAUUGAACAAAAACAAGAAGCUAAUAAGGAUAUUCCUGUUGUAAAGACACAAACAUCCUCCUCAUGGAAGAAUAAGUAUGCUACUAGUUAUUCCACAUCAUCUAACACUACAUUUGGACAAUGGGAGGUUGUGAGUGUUGCAAAACGUGAACCUGUGACUUCAAACAACGAAGCGUCACAACUUUCCUUUGCAACCAGUGCUGGUGAUAAUUUUAAAAACGAUGACUCUUUAACACAUGAAGAAGACACUCUUGGUGGAUCAUACACUCACACCGACAAGAAGAGAAAAUUUAAUGCCUCAACAUCCGCUGAUCUCUCAUCCACUAAGAAAGUCAAAUCUGAAGACUCCACGCAGCCUAAAAAACCCAUUUCUUUUUCUCUCUCUAGGAAAAAGUAG